AUUGCAGCAUCUUAAGAUUUAUUUUGUGGUCGGAUAAGGCCUUGGGCCUGCAUGGAGAAAAAGAUGGGAGAAGCUGUUGCCAGGGUAGCCAGAAAAGUGAAUGAAACUGUUGAAAACAGAACAGACUCUCUUGAUUUGGCAGAUUGCAAACUGAUGACCUUCCCCAUUGCCCUUUACAAAGUCAUGAGGCAUGUCACUGAAGGGAUACAUCUCAUCACUCUGGCCAACAAUGAACUGAAGUCCGUGACGAGCAAAUUCAUCACCACCUUUAGCCAGCUUAGAGAACUGAAUCUGGAAGGGAAUUACAUUCAUCGCCUGCCAGAAGAGGUUCAGACGCUUUCACAUCUGAGAGUCAUCAACCUUUCUAGAAACAAAUUUCAGCACUUUCCAGAGCAGCUGACUUCGUUGAAAGCUCUUGAAACCAUCAACCUAGAAGAAAAUGAGAUUGUGGAUGUGCCGGUGGAGAAGCUGGCCUCCAUGGAGUCCCUCCAGAGUGUGAACCUGAAGUCCAACCCGCUCAAUGAGGAGGUCCGGGUGAUUGCCAGACCGCUGAUCAAGUUUGACCUCCUGAUGUCUCCAGCCACUGCCCAUGUCUGAAAUGUUGGUGGCUCAGAGGCAGAUAUGCAGUGGGGUUGCUGUUUGGUUGUAGUUUCGGAGAGGGAAUAUGGUGUGUGCUGCUCUAGGAGAGUCCUGCCAACUUUCCCAAGCUGUGCUGCUCCUGCGUGCGUAAUGCUUCAUGGGCUUGCAGAGUAGCAAGAGGCAUGACUUUUUUUGCCAAAGGGCAGUGGUUCUGGCUUAAACAAAUAUCUAUUAAACUGUCAACAUAUUGAAAGUUCUACAAAUGCCUACAAAAAAAUGAGUGCCUUCUAAACUGCUAGGGGAGAACAACUUCUUUAAGACAGACAACUAUAUCCGUUGUCUGGUAUUGCAAGGGUGUGAAUGGAAUACAGCAGGCAUCCUUGACAUGGUGCCCAUGGGUUCCAUGGCACCUACAAACACUAUUCUUGGCACUCACCAAGGCUUUUGCCCAGCAGGGCUUCUGAUUGGCUGUAUGGAUUAAAAGGCAUCCUAUUAAAUGUUGAAGAUAUACCAUUAGAAUUAUAUAUGACCUCCCUCCCUGAGAAUUUGUGUCUGGCUCCGCCUCCUGUGGCAGCCAUUUUGUUCUUGUGCCCACUAUCCUGUGUGAGAAUUCUAAAGGUGACUGCAGGUUCAAAAUGGUUGACGGCCCUUGGAAUACAGCAUUUCCCAUAUGUGGAGGUCUGUGACAUAGUAGUGGCUGGCUGGAUGCCUGGAACAUGGCCAGUCGAUUUUGGUAGCCCAGUUUUAUCCACCUCACAAAUUUGAAACAAGAGUCUGAUAGAAAUCUUGCUCGGUUUCACUUGUCACAAAAGAGAACUGACUUCAAAAGUUGUGAGAGGGACAGAGAUCCUGCUUCUCUCUUCUGGUUUUAGAUGUAAAAAUCCAGGCAAUUGGUACUCAUGGUUUUUAUUUAAUGCCUGAACAGUGAUGACAAAAUCAGAUAGUGUGGCAAAAUACAUUUCUGGGCUCCAGACUAUUGUCUCAAAAAUAGAAUGAAUCUUGAGUAGGUAAAAGGGCACAUCCCUGGUAUAGAGAUUUCUUAAACAUAUGUGUGUAAAUUCCCUAUUGUGUCCUUUCAAAGUAAAUCCCUCUUGACAAAUUA